CGUUUCUUACCUCUUUCAUCAGCAUAAUUUCGUCUCAGCGAUCCAGAAGGCACACUCGCUGGCUUUGAUUCUAAAAUUGACACAGUGAAGCUCACCACCACCACCAUAAAUUGUUGCUGUCAGGAAAACCCUAAUUUUAUACUUCCUCAAUCUCUCUCCAAUUUCUACAAAAACCUAGUUUUGCAUAUGGCCUCCAGGAAGAAAGAAUCAGAGGGCAUAGCCUUGCUCUCCAUGUAUGGCGACGAAGACGAUGAAAUGGAAGACAUUGAAGACCAUCAAAACGAAGUCCUCAACGUCAAUAUUGAAUAUAAUGUUGCAGAAGAUGAGAAUAGGAUUGUUGCUUCUGAUUCUGGUAACGAUAGCACACCAUCACCUCCACCACCACCACCACCACCACAAGAAAAGCAAAAUAUUGAUGACCAUUUUACCCCUAGAACUGUCAAUUUUGCGACUUCAACACCAGAACAGCCUCAGAUUUCUCUCUCUUCGCCACAACCACAGCAAUUGGUGGUUCCGGACUCGGAUAGAAGCCGUAAGGGUACGCUUACCAUUGUUGAUUACGGACAUGAUGAAGUCGCCAUGUCCCCAGAAGCUGAGGAGGGGGAAAUCACAGCCACUGGUCGAGUUAUGUUUGGUGAAGAGCUUCAAAUGGCUAAUGGUGGUUUCCAAGAAAAUACACAACAACCAAGAACUGUACAGGUUCUAACACCAAAUGCUCAAGCUACGCCUCAAGUAUUUGAUCAACAUGAUCCGUCAGAAUCUGAUGCCAUGAACUAUGCUUUAAAUGAAUCAGAAUCUGCAGAGGUUGAAGAAGCUAUUAAGAUUUCUGUGGAAGAGUCAAAAGAUGUUGAUCCAUUGGACAAGUUUCUUCCCCCACCACCAAAAGACAAGUGCUCUGAUGAACUGCAAGAGAGGAUUAUAAGGUUUCUGGCAGUAAAGAAGAAUUAUGGAAGGAGCUUUAAUGCAGAAGUACGCAAUAAGAAGGAAUAUAGGAACCCUGACUUCUUGCUUCAUGCAGUGACGUAUCAGGACAUUGAUCAGAUAGGUUCUUGCUUCAGCAAAGAUGUAUUCGAUCCUCAUGGAUAUGACAAAAGUGACUACUAUGAUGGAAUAGAGGCUGAUAUGAAGCGUGAGAUGGAGAGAAAGGAGCAAGAAAAGAAGAAGAAUCAAAAAGUUGAAUUUCUUUCUGGAGGAAUACAACCUGGAUCAGUUGUUCCUACGGCCCCCAAAGUUAGCAUGGCAAUUCCAGGUGCAGCAGCCAUGCCUGGUGGUGGGUUGCAGUCAGUUCCUGCUGUAGUUGAUACUGUAGCUCGGGAUGGUCGGCAGAAUAAGAAAUCAAAGUGGGAUAAGGUGGAUGGUGAUCGACGGAAUCCUUUGGCCACUGGAGGGCCGGAUUCUGUAUCUUCUGUUGGGGCACAUGCGCUCCUAUCUGCUGCCAGUGCUGGUACUGGAUACACUGCCUUUGCGCAACAGAGACGACGGGAGGCUGAAGAAAGAAGAACAAGUGAAAAAAAGUUGGAAAGAAGAUCUUGACACAUUGAGGGUUUGUGAUGAUAGUGUCACUGUCAGCCACACUAAUUUGAAGACUUAUAGAAUGUCGGGGCCAAAGAUUGUAUGCUUAUACCUUACAGUCGGAUUGUUUGUUCUGUACAUGGCCAGGAUGAAAUUUCAAUGCUCUUAUUGUAAAUAUUACCUCCUAAUUUCUUCUAGCACGAUUGCUAAAUGGGCGCAGAUUUUUUUAUUUUUUUUUCACUUUACCUUUUUAUGUUCUCUUCACCUUUUUUUGCCAUAUGUAUAACAGAAAUGCAAGUAUUGAAUAUGUUCUGAGCUGAGUUUGAAUGGGCUUAUUGUUGAUAUGGG